GAAACGGAAGCUGAGUGAGGCGGCGGUUGCGGCGGGGCGCUGCUGCGGUGAGGGGCCGGGAAGGGCGGGCGAGGCUGAGCUGCCGCCGGUUCCCCUGCCGGCCUUCUCCUCGCUGGGGUCGCGCCCUCCGCCUUCGCCAUGCACCCCGUUUUCCAGAGCAGCCGCCGCGACUUCACCUUCGGGCCCUGGAAGCUGAGCGCCGUCUGCACGCACAUCAUGAAGUCGGCGCAGGCCGAGAGACUGGCUGAAGAAUUACACAUGCCUUCCCUGCCAGAGAUGAUGUUUGGAGACAAUAUCCUGAGAAUACAGCAUGAACAUGGUUUUGGAAUUGAGUUCAAUGCAACAGAUGCUUUAAAAUGUGUCAGUAAUUGCCAAGGUAUGAUCAAAGUGGCUUGUGCAGAGGAGUGGCAAGAGAGCAGGAGCGAGACUGAACACACGAAGGAAGUUGUCAAGCCUUAUGAUUGGACUUACACAACUGACUACAAGGGAACAUUGCUGGGAGAUACUGCAACACUAAAGGUUGUUCCUACAACAGAACAUAUAAAUACAGAGAAAUUGAAAGCCAGGGAACAAAUCAUGUUUUUUGAAGAAGUGCUUCUGUUUGAAGACGAACUUCAUGAUCACGGAGUGUCAAGUUUGAGUGUAAAGAUAAGAGUGAUGCCUUCCAGCUUUUUUGUGCUCUUGAGGUUUUUCUUGCGAGUUGAUGGAGUUCUUAUCAGGAUGAAUGACACGAGGCUUCACCAUGAGUCUGACAAGGCUUAUAUGUUGCGAGAAUAUACAUCAAGAGAAAGCAAAAUAUCAAGUUUAAAGCAUGUGCCGCCUUCCCUGUUCACGGAACCCAAUGAGAUCUCUCAGUAUCUACCCAUAAAGGAGACAAUAUGUGAAAAACUAGAGUUCCCAGGGACGCAGGAAUCUCAUAAUCCGGAGGCAUCACUGGAAACCACGUGUGUUAAGUCAAAAUAAAUGUGACUCUAUCUGGACUGAAUUAGACUGGAGAUGGUGUGAUCGUGUAGGCGUUACUGGGGGGUGCGGUUUCACUACUAGUGGAAUAAAGAAUUUGGCUAUUUUUUCUGUAGCCCUGAAAGAAAACAGAACUCAUUUCAAGAAGGUUUUGCUGAUGUUUGUUCUAUCUUCUUUUGUUUGUUUCUUUUAAACCUGUAUCUGGAGUUAAUGAUAAAGCGGUGGUAAAUUGCAGUCUUCAAUGGCACUGGAGAAGGACUUAUGCAAUUAGAGAGUCUGGGGUUCUGCUCAUUUCACCAGUGAGGCUUGGUAACAGCCGAUAACCCACUGUGUUACUUCUUGGCUGGGGAGAAAGGGCAUUUAUUGUGUUCAAUCCCUCUAAGAUUCUGGUAUUUGCAGUUUGAGAAAGAGGAGCUGACGUAGCUUCAAAAGGAUGCUAGCGUGUAUUCCAGAUGCAUAAUUCUGGUUUAUUUAUAAUCUUUAAGUUCUGAUAUCAAUAGAAGUGUGAUCACAUGUGCAGUCACUGUUCUAUCUUCACAUUUUGUGGAUUAAGCUUUUAAGUAAUUCCGUUGCUUUUGGAAAUCUUCAGUUACAUCAAUUAGUUUGGUCUAAGAUGGGGGGAGUUAACAGGCUUGUCUAAGUUUGCUGCUUACACUCAGGUGUGAGAAGCUGAGUGCUUUUGAUUGGACAGGGGCUAAUAAGAAUGUGUAGAUUCUGAUGACAUGGACUGUUUUAAUUAAAUCUUCAUAUUCUACACUGUGUGUCUUCAAAUAAGUUUCGGGGUGGGUUGUUUCUCUUAACCGCAUCUUUUGAGAAAUGGUUUUCAUUUAAAGACAGUGCUGAUGGUUCAAUUAAAAGUGCUCUACUAUUAAAGUGACUGCACUUGGUUCCUAAGGACUGUAGUGUCAGGACAAAGCGUUUAUCUGGCUGGAAAUGAAUGCAGAGUGGAAGCAAAUUCAUCUGGAAAUGGAAUAUUAUUGAGGUCCCUUCCAGUGAUAGAGGGAUCUGAGCAGAGAAGGGAACAAGAGAGAAGAGCUAUUUUGCUGGUGGGAGUAUAUCAGGGCACUUUUCCUCUAAGAAUUUGCUAUUUUAUGUGCCUUACAGGCUUAUAAAAGCACAAUCUAAAGUCAAAGCUGGUGGUGAUUGAGAGCUGAUGUGCUAACAGAAAGGAAACUAUAACUGCAUUCAUUAGUGAAAAUGACCAUGUGGGUUUACUCUGUGAUACUAAUAUGAAGCUCUACUGAGCUCAAGUCUAGUUGGGGGGGACCUAUGGAACUGACACCUGCUGUUGAGAAGGGUGCUCUGCAUGUGUAGUUGAUGUGAAUUUGACCUCCUCCAUUGUACUUAUAAUCUGUGACCUGUUGAUGCAGUCGAUUAGCCUUGAAUCCUGAAUAUAUAGCUCUGAUAUCCAUCUGUUUUGGGUGCCGUGCAUUUAAGUGGAACACAAAUAGCGGAGAAAUCACAAGGACGUCAUUAGGAAGUCAGUUAGCACAAAGCAGAACAUAGACACCAUCCCUGCCCCUCUUACACUGUGCGGAUUAUCAAGAAGCACUGAGAGAAACUCGGGUACCGCUUCAUCUGAGCAAGGUACUGCUGUGCUAUGUAACGCUGGGAGGAGGGGGGUGAUGCUCCAGCUGUUUUGUAGCGAGCCGAACGUAAGGCAAUUUAUAUUCCCUCUUGUAUGUUAAUAAAUAAAAUAUACCCGAUGUUUCAGAA